CACACUAAAGGUCUGUCUGUUGUUCAUACACUACUUGAGCACAAACCGGUUUGUGAAUCAUUUUCAUGAUUACCUAGUAAAUCUAUUAGAAACGUCAAGUUUCACUUUGUGUUUUUGACCCCGAGGUUAGCCUAGACGCGAGUCUGUUUAUAAACAGAAAAUAAUGGAUUCUGUUUGUGACGGUUGUAAAAGUACCUUUAUGCAUCACAGGAAACCGGAAAUGACGAAGCAAUUGAUGGAUAAUGGUUCUCUGUUUGAAACUGAAAGAGAGCGAGUGGAAAACUCCCGUGUUGUUUUAGCAGGUUUUGCUGUUAUCUACUACGUAAGACAAGGAACAAAACAAUAAGCGAAAUGUCUGCUUCAAUCCCAAAGAAGGGUCUGGGUCCAGGUAUGCCUGUCAUGCCCCCUCAACAACAGCAGCAGCAGCUGCUGCAGACACUCAGACCCCUUGGCCCUGCACAGCCGGGCAUGCCUCCACAAGGUGCCCUACGGGAAAUCUCUCCCGUCUACCUGUGUCGCAUUGGUCAGGAGACUGUCCAGGACAUUGUCACACGCACAAUGGAGAUCUUCCAGAUCGCACGUGCCACUCAGCUGCCAAAUGGUGUGACGCAGAGCCAGGCAGCAUAUCAGGACCGCUUUGGGAAACUGCAGGAGCAUCUGCGGCAGCUGACACUGCUCUUUCGUAAGCUGCGUCUGCUGUAUGAGCGGUGUGUAGAGAUGACAACCGACCUCCAAGAGUCACCAGCUGAACUGGUUCCUUACGUGGGAGAGGAGAUUGCUUCUGUGAGGGUGGAGCCAUGCAGCCCAGCGGUUAUUCAGGAAAGACAGGAAGUUUUAGAGAAAGUGAGGCAGAAGAACCAGGAGAUGAAGGUGCUAAUGGACCAGAUGAGGAACCUCCUGUGGGACGUCAAUGCCAUGCUCACCAUGCGAAAAUGACAGCAAUAACCUUCUGACCUGCUUUUGUCAAUUUUUCUUAUUUCAUCUUCCUACACAAGUACUGGUGCUCUCACACAGGCAGCAGAGAAUAUUAGAUUGGUGGUGCUAGUCACAUAAUAUUUCAUCUUGACAAAUGAGAUAAGACUUUGCAGCUCUUUGUGGUCUUGCCACAUUUACAGUGUUAAAUACCAAAGCACUGAUAAUUACUGCUUUAUCAAGCACUGAAGGUUUGAGCAAAUUGGCAGUAAUGUUAAGUCAUUUUGUUGGCAUGAUAAAUGAGCAGCACAGACCUAUUUAUUGUAAAUUAUAGUGCUUACAGUAUAGGCAUUUGUGUAUUGAUCUGUGUGAUGUGUUUCACACUCUUGUUCCUCACUCUAUUCAGGAUGGCGUGUGUUUAGGGGUGAGUGAGUGUGAUUGCAGUUUCUCUUAGUUCUGUUAUUACACUUUUCUUCUUUCUGGGUUAGGGAACAUAAAAAGUAAUCUAAUGAAUUGUAGGGUGGUUAUUGUUUUUGUAAACUAAUUUUUUA